AUGAUUUCCAGUGAUAUGAGUCCCAUACCAACAGACACCUUCCCACGUCUUGUCGUAGACGGCAAGCCAGAAGAUAAAGACUGGGCCUCGACCCGCGAGACCAAGAAUGCGAACACUAAGCAAGGCAUCGAGAACCCCACUGUCGCGGACAUUCGCUGCUACACCUCCAAAACCGCGCCAAACGUCGCAAGCGUACCGGCCGGAUCCACUAUCCACUACAUAUCCACGCAACAAGUCAAUCACCCGGGACCAACGCAGUACUACCUUGCGAGAGUUCCUGAUGGCAAGGAUGUGAAGAGCUGGGAUGGGAGUGGUGCAGUGUGGUUCAAGAUUAGUACCACGAUGCCGACCGUAAACGCGCAGAAACAGAUGAGCUGGCCAGGACAGAACGAGUAUCUCACACCCAACACAACAAUCCCUGCUGCCACGCCAUCAGGCGAUUACCUGCUCCGCGUUGAGCACAUCGCACUGCAUAUGGCUAUGCAAGCGAACAAAGCGCAGUUCUACCUGGCUUGCUCGCAGAUCAAGAUAACAGGGGGAGGAAUUGGGCUGCCGAGCCCGCUAGUUGCGUUUCCAGGUGCCUACAAAAGUAAUGACCCGGGAAUUUUGGUCGACCUGAACAAGUACACAUCGGCACCAGAGACAUAUCAGCCGCCGGGUCCGGGUGUUUGGCGCGGUUAG